AUGGCAUCGUCGUACCCGGUGAACCACGAGCACGACCCCCGCUGGACGGCCGUGGACGAGUACGCCAACUCACACCUGCUGAGCCCGUCGCGAAACCCGUACCACGAGGCAUUGGAAUAUGCCCGGUCCAACUCCCAGGCGAAGGGCCUGCCGGACAUCGCCGUCUUCGCCGCGCAGGGCAAGUUUCUGUCGCUGCAGAUUCAGGUCACUGGCGCCAAAAACAUCCUCGAGGUCGGCACGCUGGCGGUGAACCCGGACACGAAGGCGGUGGCCGAGGAGAACAUCGCGCACGCGGGGCUGAGCGAGCGCGUCACCGUCCUCCUCGGGCCCGGUCUCGAGGUUCUCCCCCGGCUGGUCGACGAGGUGCGGACCGGCGCGCGCCCGCCCUUCGACUUCGUCUUCAUCGACGCCGACAAGGAGAACAACCUGGCCUACUUCGAGGCCGCGCUGCAGAUGGUCAAGCCGCGGACCUGCAUCUUCGUCGACAACGUGGUGCGGCGCGGACAGCUGGCCGACCCGGCCGCCCGCGACGACCCGCGCAUCGCCGGCACGAGGAGGCUCAUCGAGGCCGUGGGCAAGGAUGACAGGGUCGACGCGGUCGUGCUCCAGACCGUCGCGGAGAAGAACUAUGACGGGUUUAUGAUGGCUUUGGUCAAGUAG